GAGAGAGAGAGAGAGAGAGAGAUGGCGGAAGACGCUGUACUAGGGUUCCUUGAAAAGAACGAGGAAAUAUCAGAUUCGGGUCAGUUUGCCGCCGAACAAGGACUCAGUCACGACGAUAUCGUUAACGUUAUUAAGAGCCUCAAUGGUUUUCGACUCGUCGAUGCCCAGGACAUUAAGCGGGAGAGAUGGGUGCUCACCAAUGAGGGGAAAACAUACGCUGCCACAGGGUCUCCUGAAGUCCAAUUGUUGUUGGCUAUACCAGCAGAGGGCAUCUCACGAGAAGAGCUACAGAAAAAGUUGCCCCCCUCAAUUUACAAAAUAGGUUGCCAGCAAGCCAUAAAGAAUAAAUGGGUGGAGAUGGGAAAGUCACAAGUGUCCAGAAAGGUUCAACAUGUUGAUGACAUAGUUAAAGAUUUGCUUAUAAGGCUACAAAAUGAGGAGGUCGUCAAUCAGGAAGAUAUUGAUGCUCUCAAGCGUAGAAAGCUUAUUACUCCACAAAUAUGGAAAGGAUACUCAGUAAGAAAAGGUCCUAAGUAUACUCCAAAAAGGAAAAAGGCCGCCACUGAUUUAACCCGAGAGAAUCUGCAAAGGGGUGAUUGGAAGGAGCUGGAGUUUAAAGAAUAUAACUUCAGUGCUAAAGGCCAGCCUGUUGAAGGCGGUCAUCUUCAUCCAUUGCUCAAGGUACGGCGUCAAAUUCAGAUGAUUUUUCUUCAGAUGGGAUUUGAGGAGAUGCCAACAAACAAUUAUGUUGAAAGCAGCUUCUGGAAUUUUGAUGCACUUUUCCAACCUCAACAACAUCCUGCAAGGGAUUCACAUGAUACAUUCUUUUUGCAAGAGCCUUCCACUACUAAGGUGCUGCCUGAAGACUAUGUUGAGCGGGUGAAGCAAGUUCAUGAAUGUGGUGGUUAUGGGUCUAGAGGGUAUGCAUAUGAUUGGAAAAGAGAAGAAGCAAACAAAAACCUUCUGCGAACUCAUACAACUGCUGUUUCCUCAAGGAUGCUGUAUUUGCUUGCACAGAAACCUUUUGCCCCUAAAAAGUACUACUCAAUAGACCGUGUUUUCAGAAACGAAGCCGUAGAUCGGACGCAUCUCGCAGAGUUCCACCAAAUAGAAGGCCUAAUAUGUGAUCGGGGCCUUAGCCUUGGUGACCUGAUUGGAGUUCUGCAUGACUUUUUUUCCCGCCUGGGUAUGUCCAAGCUACGUUUCAAGCCUGCUUAUAAUCCAUAUACUGAACCCAGCAUGGAAAUUUUCAGCUAUCAUGAAGGCUUUAAGAAAUGGGUGGAAGUUGGAAAUUCUGGCAUGUUCAGACCUGAAAUGCUACGCCCUAUGGGACUCCCAGAAGAUGUUCGCGUUAUUGCCUGGGGCCUUUCCCUUGAAAGACCAACCAUGAUUCUCUAUGGGAUUGAUAACAUCAGAGAUCUCUUUGGACACAAGGUGGAUCUUGGUCUCAUAAAGAGAAACCCCAUAUGCCGCAUUGGUCUCGAGUAGAUUUUGCGCCACAUUGGCCACCCUUUUGGCAAAAACAAAAUAGAAACAUAAUGCUUAUCAUGAAACACCAAUCCUUUUAUUGAUCAAACACCAGUUCUUGAGCAUAAAAUUUGCUCGAGCACCAUUUGUUCGAUUACAAUGCAGAUUAGAUGAUUCCGUCUGUGGUACAUUUAUGAAGAUCAUUCUGCGUACGUGACUUUUUUUUCAGUUAUUCUGGUGAGUAAAUAUGCGCGCAUCACGUUGUCGCAUUCAUUCUGUUGGGUCACUAAAGUAGCGGUGAUGAAGGUUGACUGGUGUAUGAAUGAAGUUGAAAUAACAAGUGUAAUUUGGAAUUCUUCUCCAUUAUUUGUAGUCGAAGCAGACAUCUUUUUGUAGCCGGAACAAAACUCUUAUACCUUUGGAUCAAGCCAUGAGGAUAAAUUAUUCAUAA